CGGGCCGGCCGCGGCGCCGGGAGCCGGAGCGAUGCCGCGCCGCCCUGCGCCCGCGCUGGCCCCGGCCGCCUGGCUGCUGUUGGCCGGGCUGCUGUGCGGCGGCGGGGUCUGGGCCGCGCGAGUUAACAAGCACAAGCCAUGGCUGGAGCCCACGUACCAUGGCUUAGUGACAGAGAGCGACAGCACUGUGCUCCUGGACCCCCCGCUCAUUGCCCUGGACAAGGAUGCCCCUCUGCGCUUUGCAGAGAGUUUUGAGGUGACAGUCACCAAAGAAGGUGAGAUUUGUGGAUUUAAAAUUCAUGGGCAGAAUGUCCCCUUUGAUGCAGUGGUAGUGGAUAAAUCCACUGGUGAGGGAAUUAUUCGCUCAAAAGAGAAACUGGACUGUGAACUUCAGAAAGAUUACACGUUCUCCAUCCAGGCCUACGACUGCGGGAAGGGACCGGAUGGGGCCAACGUGAAAAAGUCUCAUAAAGCCACUGUCCACAUUCAGGUGAAUGAUGUGAAUGAGUACGCACCUGUGUUCAAGGAGAAGUCCUACAAAGCCACCGUCGUGGAGGGCAAGCAGUAUGACAGCAUCCUGAGGGUGGAGGCGCUGGACGCAGACUGCUCUCCGCAGUUCAGCCAGAUCUGCAGCUACGAAAUUGUCACUCCAGACGUGCCCUUCACCGUGGACAAAGAUGGUUAUAUAAAAAACACAGAGAAGCUGAACUACGGGAAGGAGCACCAGUACAAGCUGACGGUCACGGCCUACGACUGCGGGAAGAAAAGGGCAACAGAAGACGUGCUGGUGAAGAUCAGCAUCAAGCCCACCUGCGCCCCGGGGUGGCAAGGAUGGAACAACAGGGUCGAGUACGAGCCCGGCACCGGCGCCUUGACUCUCUUCCCAAACGUCCACCUGGAGACGUGUGACGAGUCGGUGGCCUUGGUGCAGGCGACGGUGGAGCUGGAGACCAGCCACAUAGGGAAGGGCUGUGACCGUGACACCUACUCGGAGAAGUCCCUUCACCGGCUGUGUGGUGCUGCGUCCGGCACCGCCGAGCUGCUCCCCUCCCCGAGCGGCUCCUCCAACUGGACCAUCGGCCUCCCCACCGACAACGGCCACGACAGCGACCAGGUCUUCGAGUUCAACGGCACUCAGGCCGUGAGGAUCCCAGACGGUGUGGUUUCCAUCAACCCCAAAGAGCCUUUCACGAUUUCUGUGUGGAUGCGGCAUGGGCCGUUUGGCAGGAAGAAGGAGACGGUUCUUUGCAGUUCAGACAAAACAGAUAUGAACCGGCACCAUUAUUCACUCUAUGUCCACGGCUGCCGGCUUGUUUUCCUCCUCCGUCAGGAUCCUUCAGAAGAGAAGAAAUACAAACCUGCAGAAUUCCACUGGAAGUUGAAUCAGGUUUGUGACGAGGAGUGGCAUCACUACGUCCUCAACGUGGAAAUUUCAAGCGUGGCUCUCUACGUGGACGGCGUUUCUCAUGAGCCCUUCGCUGUGACCGAAGAUUACCCGCUGCAUCCAGCCAAGAUCGAAACUCAGCUCGUGGUUGGGGCCUGCUGGCAAGAGUAUUCAGGAGUUGAAAAUGACAAUGAAACUGAGCCUGUGCCUGUGGCCUCUGCAGGUGGUGACCUGCACAUGACCCAGUUUUUCCGAGGUAAUCUGGCUGGCCUGACGAUCCGUUCUGGGAAACUUGCAGAUAAGAAGGUGAUAGACUGUCUGUAUACCUGCAAAGAGGGGCUGGACCUGCACGUCCCUGAAGACAGCAGCAGAGGCAUAAAGAUCCAAGCCAACCCCAGUCAGUCGGUGUUGACCUUGGAGGGAGAGGAUGUUGGGGAGUUGGAUAAGGCCAUGCAGCACAUUUCCUACCUGAAUUCACGACAGUUCCCCACCCCUGGAAUCCGAAGACUCAAAAUCACCAGCACGGUCAAGUGUUUCAACGAGGCCGCCUGCAUCUCCAUCCCCGCGGUGGACGGCUACGUGAUGGUUCUACAGCCGGAAGAGCCCAAGAUCAGCCUGAGUGGCGUCCACCAUUUUGCUCGAGCGUCUUCUGAAUUUGAAAGCUCAGAGGGUGUGUUCCUUUUCCCUGAGCUUCGGAUCAUCAGCACCAUCACGAGAGAAGUGGAGCCUGAAGGGGAGGGGGACGAGGACCCCACAGUUCAAGAGUCACUGGUGUCUGAGGAGAUCGUGCACGACCUGGACACCUGUGAAGUCACGGUGGAGGGAGAGGAGCUGAACCGAGAGCAGGAGAGCCUGGAGGUGGACGCAGCCCGCCUGCAGCAGAAGGGCAUUGAAGUCAGCAGCUCUGAGCUGGGUGUGGUCUUCACGGGUGUCGGCACCAUGGCCAGCUACGAGGAGGUCUUACGCCUUCUGCGGUAUCGGAACUGGCACACCAGGUCUUUGCUGGACCGGAAGUUCAAGCUCAUCUGCUCCGAGCUGAAUGGCCGCUACGUCAGCAAUGAGUUCCAGGUGGAGGUGAACGUCAUCCACACGGCCAAUCCCAUGGAGCACGCCAGCCACAUGGCCGCCCAGCCACAGUUCGUCCACCCCGAGCACCGCUCCUUCAUUGAUCUCUCGGGUCACAACCUGGCCAACCCUCACCCGUUCGCAGUCGUCCCCAGCACCGCCACCGUCGUGAUUGUGGUGUGUGUCAGCUUCCUGGUGUUCAUGAUCAUCCUGGGGGUGUUCCGGAUCCGGGCCGCCCAUCAGAGGACCAUGCGGGACCAGGACACUGGGAAGGAGAACGAGAUGGACUGGGACGACUCUGCCUUGACCAUCACCGUAAACCCCAUGGAGACGUAUGAGGACCAGCACAGCAGCGAGGAGGAGGAGGAGGAGGAAGAGGAAGAGGAGAGUGAAGACGGAGACGAGGAAGACGACAUCACCAGUGCUGAGUCGGAGAGCAGCGAGGAGGAGGAAGGGGAACACGGGGACCAGCAGACGGCAAACAGGCAGCAGCAGCUGGAGUGGGAUGACUCCACCCUCAGCUACUGAGCCAGCCGCUCCCUCCGUCACCUCCCUUCUUGCUUCAGGAGACUCUGCUGUCAUCUCCGUCCCCGCCCUAAGGGUCCACGAUGUACAAAGUCAUUCUGGCCAGUAGGUCUGCAGACCCUCCCCACCGCCCAUCUCUGCCCGUGCUUGGUGUGUAGGACCGUAGGCCCCCUUGCUCUCUCCCUGCCUCCGCCUGAUGGCGCGUAAGUUACGUGAGGAGCUGACACUCUCCGGAAAAGUUGUUGUGAUUGGACUCGUUGGCAAAGGGUUAAAAUUGCUCGCUCCCACCUGGUAAUCCUUUUUUUCUUUUUCUUUUUUUUUUAAUUUUUAUUUUUUCCAAACUAGUGCAUGUAUAAAAUGGCAGAAUGGGGAUUAAUAUGUAGAUGAUGAACUGACUUUUUAAUAUUUUGUAAAUAAAUUGGGAUUCCUUGUGUCCUUUGUGCUAGUGUAAACCAGGGCCGGGUGCAAAGUGAAGUAGGAGACGCUGAGCGUGGGAGGGACCGAGGCUCCUGCCCCUGGGUGUCUGCCCGACUCGGGCAGCCCUGGGCACUCACGGCCUCGGGUCUCAGGCCUUGGCGUGUGGACGGGGCAGCCAGGGGCACAGACAUCAGUGUGCUGCCUGGCAGGAAGGGACCAGGUCAGGGACCGCUCUUUGGAGGCUGGAAAUGGCCAGGUCUUUUCUUGGGGGUUCUACCCGUUUCUGACUUGGCAGAGGUCCGCGGGGGAGCUGAGGUCCCUGGCCAUUUGUGUAGGCUUCUCUGAGGACCAGCAGCUCCUUGUGCGGGAACCUGGACUCACACGCGGCCUUGGGGUUUGUACUGAACAUUUCCUUGCUGGUGAGAGCGCGUGUCGGUUAUACGGCUAGGGCAGACCGUAUGACCUCUUGGUUUGGAUCAGCAGGCCUGAGGGGUCCAUACUCAGAACGGCUGAGGAGCAGGUUUGCUGAAAUGAUGUCCAGUGGCCUGAAGGCAGUGCUAGACCCCCUCCCCAGAGCCCCGGGGCAAAGCCCGCGCCCAGCCGGUGGUGAAGGGCAGCGGUCAGGAGCUCAGACCCCUGCAGCACUUGGUUUUUAAUUUACAUGUGAAAUUUCAGAUUUCUAAAACUGGGGGACAAUAAUUUUGAACGCUGUUCCGUGCUCAUAACUGCUAGUUUUGAGGACACCGCCGGCUGUCCUGUGUCGUGUGUGGCCACCCCUCCAUGUACUGUCGCUGUAGCUGCUCUGUUUAGACAACAGCUAGACGCCGACGCGGAGGUGGGAUGUUCUCGCGCUGUCUGUAGCCGCCGCCGUGUCACUUUCCAGAUGUGUACAUUGAUGAUUAGGUCAGAAAGUGUAUACACCACAAUAAAGUUUGGGUUCUAACCAA